AUGAAGAGCGCAAGGCCGGACCGGCGAAGCUUUAUACUUUCUUCCUUCUUCUUCAUCUUGUUCCUCUGCGUCUUAGCUUCCAUCAAUGAAGUCCGAUUCGAUAGCCUGCUCAAGUUUGGCCAGUGUGCACUAUCCAACACGCCUUCAUCAAAUAAUUCCUCGCCCUCCGCUAAUUCUUCCCUGGACGACAUCCGGAUACUCAUCGGCAUCCUCACGCUCCCGGACCAGUACAACCGCCGCCACUUUCUCCGCCUCAUUUACGGCACCCAGACCCCAGCGGGCGCCAGAGUCGACGUGAAGUUCGUCUUCUGCAACCUAACAAAAGAAGACCAAAAGGUACUCGUCGCGUUAGAGAUAAUGCGUUACGACGAUAUCAUAAUCCUUGACUGCAAAGAGAACAUGAACAAGGGCAAGACUUACACAUACUUUUCAAGCUUGCCAGAAAUGCUGAGAGACACAGAUGAAAAUAGCACUACUCCUUACCCUCCAUACCAUUAUGUGAUGAAAACGGACGAUGAUUCUUAUUUUAGGCUGAAUAAUUUAGUGGAUUCUUUGAGGGAAUUACCUAGAGAAGAUUUGUACUAUGGCUAUGUAAUCCCAUGCCCUAGCAUGGAUCCUUUUGUGCAUUAUAUGUCAGGAAUGGGGUAUUUGAUUUCAUGGGAUUUGGUGGAGUGGAUAAGGGAAUCUGAAAUUCCCAAAAACCACUUGGAAGGGCCUGAGGAUAAGACUUUUGGGGAUUGGAUCCGGGAAGGGCAUCGUGGGAAGAACAGGUUCAACGCCAAGUGGUCGAUGUACAAUUAUCCGGAGCCGGCGACGGGGUGCACGCAUGAGCUGUGGCCGGACACGAUUGCGGUUCAUUUGUUGAAGAACCAGGAGAAGUGGAUUCGGACGUUGAAGUAUUUCAAUGUGACUGAUAAUUUGAAACCAUCGAAAUUGUAUCAUAUACCUUGA